AUGGCUCCAUACGACGACUACCGCUUAUCUUCGAGCAUUCUGGAGAGUCCGCGCGACGGACCCCGUCACUCCAGAGAACGCCUACCUUCUCGUGGUCCUCCGGUACGCGAACGACCACGUCCGGUUUUCGAUGAUGAUGAGCGCUUUGAGUCACGCCUGCAUGCGGCUGACAGAUACGGUCCUCCUGCCCGCAGACCAGAAAGGUACUACGAUGAUGCAGACUCGUUUAUCUCGUCUGAGCGCCCUGAACGCCGCCGGGGAGUGAGCCCUCCUCCUCGACCCCGCCUUCUGCGACGACAGUCUUCCCUGGAUACCUUUGAUCGCAUCCCUUCACGCAAAUUAGAAGAAAUGUACUACCGGGGCCCUUCUCCCAGACUUUCACCACCUCCGAGAUCCAGAUACUCUCCUCCGCGGCACCAUGGAGAUGACCUCUAUUAUGAGGAUAUUCGCAUCGCAGAACCGGACUACUAUGGAGAUGAAGAGUUCAGAGGAUUCCGCGAGCGGGAUCGGUAUCCAACUCGCCCUCGUCGCUCCAGUAGCCGUUUCCGUGAGAGGAUUGUCGAAGAACGCAUCGAGAGACCCUACCCGCGAAAGGGCAAAACUCGCAUGCCCAAGAAGCUGGUUCAUCCUCGGGCCAUCUUCGACAAGGGCUAUCCUUUCGAGGAAGAGGAAAAAGCGGUCAUGAUUCAGGUGGCUCUCUCCAAGGAGCAGAUUGACGAGCUUGUCACUAUCAGCCGGGAGAUCAGGCGGGUAAACGAGACCCGAAUUGUGCGCACUUCACCGUCACCCGUGCGCAUGGAACGGCUUAGUAUAGCGGGUAGUCCACCUCGAGCAAGCCACGAUACGUUGAUUGUUGAGCGAUCACCAUCUCGAUCUCAUUCGCGCCAUCACCGUCACCGCCGUGGCCACAGCGAGAGAACGUUGAGCGUUUCCCGAACCAGAUCUCGAUCGAUAUCGGUUCAGAGUCGUCGUCGCCGUCGGUCAUCACCUGGACGCCGCGAGGCCAAUGAGCCUGGUCCUCUGGCCAUUAUGGUGCGCCCCCGAGACAGUGACGAUGAUCUGAAACUUGUCGGGCCACUGGAGCGUCGCAGUGGGGACCUGAUAGAGGACGAAGAAGUCCAUGAAGUAAAAAAGGAGCGCAAAUCUCCCAAUUCUCGACUUAUCCGCGCAAUGAUGGCCACUCUGACUUAA